CCCAGCAGUGCUGGGCUGUGCUUCAUCUCACUUCACCGCGCCCGGACGGCGACGCCUUGGAUUCGCACUGCAAGUCUGCUGUCUGCAGCACAUCGCACGCAUCAUUCCAAUCGACUCCCGUCUCGUCUCGUAGCGUCCGAAGCGCCACGCCAGCACCGCGGCGCCCUCGCUUGCGAUGCCCAGCCCGAUCGCCGCUUGCUUCCGCUGCGCCGCGGCGCCUUCGUCGGGCGCCGGCGCGGCGGGGCCCAGCCUGACGACCUCCGUCUACGAGACCCACCUCGGCCUCGUCGCGCUCUCCUGGUCCCGCACCUCGCUCGGCCUCUCCCUCCGCGCCGUACUCCGCCUGUCGCCCCCGCCAUCGCCCGGCUUCUCUUCGGCGUCGGGAGCGGGCUACCUCGACGACGACGCGGACGAGGAGACUCUCGCCUUCCGCGUCCGCCCAUGGCUCCUCUGGCGCUGGCGCGGCUCCAAGCGGUUCCGCGCUGACGACCGCAUCGUCGACUUGGCGUGGGACCUCUCGCGCGCGCGCUUCCCGGGCUCCGGGUCCCCCGAGCCGUCGUCCGGCUUCUUCGUCGCCGUCAUCAUCGACGGCGAGAUGGUCCUCGCGGUCGGGGACCUUUCCGAUGCUGCCUACCGGAGGACCCGGGCCCGGCGCCCAUCCGGGCCCCGCCCAGUCCUCCUCUCCCGGAGGGAGCACGUUUCGCUACGCGACGCGGGCGCCGGCCGAGGCCGCAGCCACACCACCUGCGUGACCGUCCAGGGUAAGGAACGGGAGAUCUCCGUGGAUCUCGUGGCCCGCGGCCUUGGCACGGACAGGGUCGCCGCCGGCAGGGAGAAGGCGAAGGACCGGGCUGACGUAGGCAUGUCGGUCUCUGUCGACGGCGAGCGAGUGCUCCACGUCCGGCGCCUGCGCUGGAAGUUCCGCGGCAGCGAGCGUGUCGACCUUGGGGGCGGCAACGGCGUCCAGGUCUCCUGGGACCUCCACAACUGGCUCUUCCGUCCGCGCGAGCCAGGUCCCGCGGAGGCAUCGACGCACGCCCACGCCCACGCGGUGUUCGUUUUCCGCUUCGAUGUCUCCAGCGGCGGCGAGGAUUUGGGUAAGGAUCCCUGCCCGGACAAUGCCACAGGGAGGAACACGGACGUCGUUUGGGGAGGCUACCUCGCGCGGUGGAGACAACGGGACUGGAGCGAGACGGGCAGCAACGCCGAGAGGAGGAAGGGCAGGGGGCGGAGGCUGGCCAAGGAGAGCUCGUCGUCGUCGGCGUCCGUGGCAUCCUCGACGGCGUCGUGGGCCAGUGGCUCCACGGUGAUGGACUGGGGCAGCCCCGAGGAGGCCGAGAUGCAGCGCGGCGAUGGCUUGACGCUGCUGAUCUACGCCUGGAAGAGCUAACACCGGCGACGGCGGCAUAGUUCCGAUCAAUUGGCGGUGAUUAUAAAUUUUCUCUGGAUUGUUGUAGUUUGCAGUGUUCUUGUGCAGUUAGAGUGAACUGAGCUUGAAUUACAGUAGCGCAACUGCUGAGUGGAACGAACAAUUAGUGUUGAUUUUUUUUCCAUUACAACAACAAUUUCUUCCAUGUAUUAGCAAUUAAUGAAUGAAACGAACCAAACAGCAAAUCUAUUUGCCUAUC